GCCGGAGCGGGGGGUCCGGCCCCGCCGAGGCCGCCCAGGCCGCCGGGGAUGGUGGCGGCCGGAGCGGGGCGGCGGCUCCCCGCGCCCUGACCGCCGAGGGGCCGCGGCAGAGGCACCAUGAGCGUGCGGCCUCCGCAGGCCAUCGACAGGUUAAGCAGCCUGUCUUCCCUGGGUGAUUCGUCAGCAGGGCGCAGGUCUCCCGGGCACCGCCGCCAACCUUCCGACUCCUCCGAAACCACAGGUCUGGUCCAGCGUUGUGUCAUCAUCCAGAAGGACCAACAUGGCUUCGGCUUCACCGUCAGCGGGGACCGAGUCGUCCUGGUGCAGUCGGUGCGGCCAGGGGGCGCAGCCAUGAGAGCUGGGGUGCAGGAGGGAGACCGGAUAGUCAAGGUGAACGGCACGAUGGUGACCAACAGCUCUCACCUUGAAGUGGUGAAGUUAAUCAAAUCUGGUGCCUACGUGGCUCUGACCCUCCUGGGCUCUCCCCCUCCCUCGGUGGGACUCUCCAGUUCUCAGCAAGACGUGAGCACGGCGGGGGCUCCCCACAUGGCCCCUGCCUGCCCCCCACCGCCUCCUCCCCCGCCGCUGCCUCCGCCCCAGCGCAUCACCGACCCCAAGCCCCUGCAGGACCCCGAAGUGCAGAAGCACGCGACGCAGAUUCUCCGCAACAUGCUGCGGCAGGAGGAGGCUGAGUUACAGCGCUUCUAUGAGGCCUACAGCCGGAACCCUGCCCCCGUGGUGGAGGAGCAGAUUGAGGGGGCACGUCGACGAGUCAGCCAGCUGCAGCUCAAAAUCCUCCAGGAGACUGGUGCCUCCAUGGAUGCUGGGAGGCUCUGCAGCGACUCCAGCUUGGCUGGAUUUAGGGUAAUGGAAGGACGCCUCUCCCUGGACUCACAGGACGGUGACAGCGGGUUGGAGUCGGGGACAGAGCGAUUCCCCUCUGUAAGCGAGAUCUCCCUGAACCGUAACUCCAUCCUGUCUGACCUGGAGAGCCCAAGGACCAGCCCGGUCAUCAGCGGCCGCCUGUUCCAGCACCACCGGCGCCACGGCUCCGACACCCCCUCUGCUGAGCAGGGGUUGGAGCGCACGGGACGACCCCUCAUCAUUGGGCCAGAGGAGGAUUGUGACCUGGGGUAUUUCAACAAUGAGUGUGACUCCCUCUUCCAGGACCUGGGCAAGCUGAAAUCCCGACCAGCACAUCUGGGGGUCUUCCUGCGUUACAUCUUCUCCCAGGCAGAUCCCAGCCCCCUGCUCUUCUACUUAUGCACAGAGGUUUGCCAGCAGACAGCUGCCAAGGAUUCCCGGGGCUUGGGGAAGGACAUCUGGAACAUCUUCUUGGACAGGAACGCGCCUCUCCGAGUGAAAGUGUCUGAGCAGCUCCUGGCUGACAUUGAGACUCGCCUGAGGAACGGGGAUGAUGUCCGAGCUGCCCUCUUUGAAGCUCAGGAGAUGGUGAUGCCUGAGAUACAGGAGCAGAUCCAGGACUACAGAACAAAGCGCACCAUGGGCCUGGGGAGUCUGUACGGGGAGAACGACCUCUUGGACCUGGAUGGGGACCCCCAAAAGGAGCGACAAGUGGCUGAGAAGCAGCUGGCCCAGCUGGGUGACAUCCUGUCAAAAUAUGAAGAGGACAGGAGCUCCCCCAUGGCCUUUGCCCUCAGCACGUACAUGAACCACACCGGCAUCCGCAGCCGGGAGCCCCGGGUGGCCGGCACCAGCGAGAAGGCCCAGUCUCUCCCAGACAGGGACAAGUGGCUGCCCUUCUUCCCCAAGACCAAGAAGAGCAGCAGCACAAAGAAGGACAAGGACGCCCUGGAGGACAAGAAACGCAAUCCCAUCCUCAAGUACAUUGGGAAGCCCAAAAUCUCCUCACAGAGCACAUUUCAUGUCCCUUUGUCCCCUGUUGAAGCAGUCAAACCUGGCAAUGUGAGGAACAUCAUCCAGCACUUUGAGAACAACCAGCAUUACGAGAGCCAGGAGCCUGGAACCCAACGUCUCUCCACUGGCAGCUUUCCUGAGGACCUGCUGGAGCUGGACGGUUCCCGUGCUGAGGUCAAGCUGGGCCGCUCAGAGAGCUUGAAAGGCCGGGAGGAGAUGAAGAAGUCCCGGAAGGCAGAGAACGUGCCGCGGUCCCGCAGUGACGUGGACAUGGACGCUGCAGCCGAGGCCACGAGGCUUCACCAGUCGGCAUCAUCUUCUGCUUCCAGCUUGUCCACGAGGUCACUGGAAAACCCCACGCCCCCGUACACUCCGAAGAUGGGACGCAGGAGCAUCGAGUCGCCCAACCUGGGUUUUGGUGCAGAUCCCUUCCUACCUCAUCUCCUGGAGGACGAGCAGGGCCAACUCUCUGAUCUGGAGCCUGAGAUGGACUCUCAGAACUGGCAGCACACGGUGAGCCGGGAGCUGGUGGCCAACCUGCCGCAGAAAGAGAUCGAUCGGCAGGAGGUGAUCAAUGAGCUCUUUGCCACCGAAGGGUCUCACCUCCGCAUCCUCCGAGUCCUCGACCUCCUCUUCUACCAGCGGAUGAAGAAGGAGAGCCUGCUGUCCAGGGAAGAGCUGGCACUCCUCUUCCCCAACCUCCCUGACCUGAUAGAAAUCCACAAUUCUCUCUCUGAAUCCAUGAAGAAGCUCCGGGAAGAAGGACCAAUCAUCAAAGAAAUCGGGGAUCUCAUGCUGUCUCGGUUCGAUGGCAUGGCCAAAGAGGAAAUCCAGCAGGUGGCUGCUGACUUCUGCUCUUACCAAUCCAUCGCCCUGGAGCUGAUCAAAACCAAGCAGCGCAAGGAGACCCGCUUCCAGAUCUUCAUGCAGGAAGCAGAGAGCAACCCGCAGUGCCGGCGCCUGCAACUCAAGGACUUGAUCAUCUCUGAAAUGCAGCGUCUGACCAAGUACCCGCUGCUGCUGGAGAACAUCAUUAAGCACACCGAGGCGGGCACCUCGGAGCACGACAAGCUGUGCCGAGCCCGGGACCAGUGCCGGGACAUCCUGAGGCACGUGAACGAGGCCGUGAAGCGAGCGGAGAACCGGCACCGGCUGGAGGGCUACCAGAAGCGCCUGGAUGCCACCUCACUGGAGAGGACCAGCAACCCCCUGGCUGCUGAGUUCAAGAGCCUGGACCUCACCUCCCGCUGCAUGAUCCACGAGGGGCCACUCAGCUGGCGCAUCAGCAAGGACAAGACUGUGGACCUGCAUGUGCUGCUCCUCGAGGACCUCUUGGUGCUGCUGCAGAAGCAGGACGAGAAACUGGUGCUCAAGUGCCACAGCAAAACUGCACUGGGCUCUUCAGACAACAAACAGACCUUCAGCCCUGUCCUCAAGCUCAACUCGGUGCUCAUCCGUUCCGUGGCCACAGAUAAACGAGCCCUCUUCAUCAUCUGCACGUCAGAGCUGGGACCCCAGAUCUACGAGCUGGUGGCACUGACGUCCUCGGAGAAGAACACGUGGAUGGAGCUGCUGGAAGAGGCAGUGCAGAGGGCCACAAGGAAUGUCACCUUCCCCUCCCCGCGCCGGACACCGGAGCCCACCCGUGUGGCACCCUCUGGCCUGGGGCUACAGGACCCCCACAUCUCCCCCCUCCUCUCCCGAGGUGCCAGCUCUGGAGCAGAGGCCGAGGACUGCUCAGCAAACGACAGUCCCAGCACACUCCUGGGCAGGGAGAAGCCUCCGGCGCAGCUGGAAGAGGCGACGGGCAGCGAGGCAGAGGAAGAGGAGGAGGAGCUGCCCACAGCCCACCUGCCCACAGAGGCCAGGGAGGAGGGGGCUGACCCCCUCCCAGCCGAGCACAGGGCCAGGACCCCCCAGUGCCUGGCGCUCCCGGGGGCUGUUGGUGUGGAGGGUCUGGCAGAGGCAGCGCUGGAGGAUGUGGAGAACCUGCGGCUCCUCAUCCUCCGGAGGCUCCUGGGCUGUCGGGACGUGGAGCCUGAGGACGACCUGACGCCCACGCCGUCGGUCAUGGCGGGUGCCGGCCCGGCCUGGGGCUCGGCCUCGGCGCUCACCAGCCAGGACUCGGCUUCCCAGGAGGAGCCAGCGGAGCCCUCCCACGCUGCUGAGGUCACAGAGACACAGAGGGGCCAGGAGGACACGGACAGGACAGCGCAGGAGGAACCCAGCAGCUACAAAGUCGUCCGAAAAGCCGCGCCGCAGGGCGCUCCGGAGGCCACGCCCUCUCCCGGCAGCAGCCAAUCAGCGCCCGCGCUGCAGGCAGGAGGCGGAGCUCCGGUCGCUGGCAACUACUUCUACGUCAGCAUGCCCGUGGGACCCCCGCAGCCCCCAGCCCCUGCGCUGCCCCUCCACCCCCCGUGGGGCUCCCCGCAGGAGGCGCCCACCCGCCCAAGACCCGACGAGGGCUCCCCAGCACCCCCAGCUGCCCUCCACGACAUGGACCUCAUCUUCCACACCAUCGAGCAGCUGAGGCUGAAGCUCGACAAGCUGAAAGCCGUGGAAGCAGCCCACCAGCAGCUGCUGCAGUCCUUGGGGGGCAGCUCCUCGGCCACUGCCACCCCCCUGGGAGGCUCAGCUCUGGAGAUGGACGGGUGGUCCCAGCAGCCCCCCAGCCCCGACGGCGACAGCCCCCUGGCACGUACCCUCAGGAGUCUGCAGGGCCCCACCACCAACACCCCAGGCUCCCGAGCCCCCCUGGCCGAGGACCCCGCUCAUGACUCUGACCUUUAGCCACAGUGGGGAGGGGGACAUCUCCCCCCAGAGUCCCUCCCAGCCGGGGAGCUGCCCACCAAGCCCCCCACGUGCCCCCCGCCCCGUGCCAGCAGCCACAGGAGCCUCCCCCGUCAAACCACCGCGGUGGGGCUUCAGCUGGAAGGAGGGAGCACGAUGCGGCAGGGCCAGCAGCCGGCCCCCCAGCUCCCCCCUCGCAUGGCAGCCCCGGCUCAGCCCCCACCCACGCCCACCCGUGCCCCCUCCCCUGGCCGUGAGAGCUGGAUCUAGUCUGUAUAAAUGCACUUUGUUCUGUUCCUCUCCGUGCUGCGGCCCCUCCCCGCUGCCUAUAAAUAUGUACGUACGUGCACCCCCUGUAAAUAGCCACCCCCACCCCCCCCAGCCUGCCCAGCGGGGCACAGGGGGCACCGAGGACACCCCAGCCCCGAGUUCCCCUCCCCACAACAAUCAGUGACCUGAGGGGCAGCCCAGGAGCUUGAGGCAAUCCCAGGAGCUUGGAGCAAUCCUAGGAGCUUGGGACACAUCCCAGGAGCUUGGGACAGUCCCAGGACCUUGGGGUACAUCCCAGGAGAUUGGGGCAGUCCCAGGAGCUUGGGACACAACCCUGGAGCUUGGGGCACAUCCCAGGAGCUUGGGGCACAUCCCAGGAGCUUGGGGCAUGUCCCUGGAGUUUGGGACAUGUCCCAGGAGCUUGGGACACACCCCAGGAGCUUGGGGCACAUCCCAGGAGCUUGGGACACACCCCAGGAGCUUGGGGCACGUCCCAGGAGCUUGGGACACACCCCAGGAGCUUGGAGCAAUCCCAGGAGUUUGGGGCAAUCCCAGGACCUUGGGACACAACCCUGGAGCUUGGGGCAUGUCCCAGGAGCUUGGGACACAACCCUGGAGCUUGGGGCACAACCCAGGAGCUUGGGGAACAUCCCAGGAGCUUGGGGCACGUCCCACCUCUGCUCCCCCCAUCCCUUUUCCCCCCACCACCCCAGGCCAGUGCUGGGGUGUCUGAUAUAUAUAUUAUAUAUAAUAGAGCCAAGAGUGAGCGGCUGCUGUUCCAACACUGCACAA